AUGAUGCCUGGGGAAAUCGUCAGGGGCUCCCCUGAUGUGAAGCAAGCAAACAAGCCUCUCCUCGCAUCUGUGGACCCAGAGGCAGCUGGAGGAAGGCAAAAAGCCCAGGGCUUACUCAGACAUGUCACAGCUCCUGGACUUGGGGCUGCGUGUGCACUGCGAGAGGCCCAGGCUUUGGGCAUCACAGGUCUCGGAAGUUCCUGCGGUGUUCGCCUCCUGGUCUGUUAUCUACAUUGUGUCAUUUCGCUCUUCGACAGUGAAGCUGACACAUGUCAGGAUUUGAGUGAGACUUUAGAGCUGCCCCCAGAUGAUUCUGAGGCCACUGAGACCAAGGUGGCAGCCAGAGUAGUCAGAUACGAGUAUCACGUCUUGCAUUCCUGCAGCUACCGAGUGCCUGUGCUGUACUUCAGGGCAAGCUUUUUAGAUGGGACACCUUUAACUCUGCAGGACAUAUGGGAAGGCAUCCAUGAGUGCUACAAGACACGACUGCUGCAGGGCCCAUGGGACACCAUUACCCAGCAGGAGCAUCCGAUCCUGGGGCAACCCUUUUUCGUCCUCCAUCCCUGCAAGACGAGCGAAUUCAUGACGCCAGUGGUACGGAAUUCUCGGAAAAUCAAUAGGAGUAUCAACUACAUCACGUCAUGGCUGAGCGCCGUGGGGCCCGUGGUUGGGCUGCAUCUGCCUCUGAGUUAUGCCAGAGCCACCUCCCAGGAUGAAUGAAUGCCAGCUGACGAGAUUCUUCCAUGGGGCUUAGAUGCCACAGCGUGAGGACUCCAGGAGUUCCCUGGGCAGCCAUGGUCUCAAGGACCAACGCCAGGUAGUGCUGCAUCUCACCAGACUUGAUGUGGACUCGCUUUUCCUCAGAAGCAACCAUCUGCAGCAACUCAUAUUUGAUAUACUCAAUGCUUAGAAGAAACACUUCAAAGACACAAAUCACUAUAAACAGCAAAAGAUAAACCUGACUCAGUAAUAUGAGAAUCUUAGGACACUUGUAGGCCAUCCUUCUUCUGAGACGAAGGUUGAUAGUGAGAUGUAUAAGGGGGAACCCCCAAACAAUUGGAAUUAUCUUUUGGAGGAGGAACUCCUUGUAGUAUAGGCUUCCCCCACUAGGUGAGUGUUCUAGGAA